AUGAACACCCAAAUUCAAUUUCACAGUCCAAUUCAAUUCCCUCUAUCACUAUCUCCUCCUCCUCUUCGCCACCGCACAAUUACCUUCUCCGCUGUCCAACUACUACUACCACCACCACCACCACGAAAACGCACUACCAUUAUUGCCACUAAAAGGGCCAUUUCUGGUCUGAGAGUCUUGAACUGUGCCAAUAAGAGUAGUAGUAUUGGUAGUAAAAGUGUUGUGAGCGAGGAAUCGAAAGAAGUUGAUGAGGAGAAGCAGCAUCAGCAAGUGAGGAGGGCGUAUCCUUUUCAUGACAUUGAACCCAAGUGGCAGCGUUUUUGGGAGCAGAACAAAACUUUUCGGACGCCCCAUGAGAUCGAUACUUCGAAACCCAAGUUUUAUGUUCUCGACAUGUUUCCUUAUCCAAGUGGAGCGGGGCUACAUGUUGGUCAUCCUCUUGGGUAUACUGCCACAGACAUUCUUGCUAGAUUGAAACGUAUGCAGGGUUUCAACGUUUUGCACCCAAUGGGAUGGGAUGCAUUUGGCUUGCCAGCAGAGCAAUAUGCAAUUGAGUUCAUUGUGUAUUACCAAGCAGCCAAUGCGGCAAUGGAUGCUCAAGAUUACUGA